AUGGUCAGCGUGUCGCGGUCCGGAAAAAGCGGUGAUUCCGGUCGACCCUGGUCCCUGAUCGUCCUGGAUGAGAAAUGUCGAGAGUCCCUGGCCCGCGGGAAUGCAGGGGCGCUGGAGGGCGUGGGCUGCCCGCAGUCCCCAGGUUCAGGGGUGGCAAGCGCCCAUCCUGUGCAAGAAACCCACACCGGGUGUGAGAUACAGGUGGCAAGCGCAGCGGAGGAAUUGGUGGUGAUAUUGGAUGAAGGAAUGGUGGCGGCUGAGGUGGUGAUCGGGGUGGAGGAAGAGGACGGGGAGGCGACCGAGGAAGAGGUGACUGGAGAGGAGAAUUCUGAGGAAGCCAAGCCAGAAGCAGAGGACAUGCGUGAGCAGGAGGAGGUAGAGGAGGAGAGACAGCAGCUGGAGGAGAUUCCGGAGCAAGAGGAGAAGCCUGAGGCAGAUGCAGAGGUGGAGCCCCAGCUCUCACAGGAGCUGCAGCAGCAAGAGCCAGUGCUGCGUCCUGCCUCAGCCCAGGACCCGCUGGCAGUUCUGGAGCGUCUUCAGCUGGAGAUCAGCGCUGGGAAUGCCCAAGAUUCCAGGGCCUUAUGGCGGCUGAAGCAC